GCUCUGUGCCACUAGUCAUCCUCGUCGGCAUGUUUACAUUUCCCCUUCCCUGCGGUCUCUUUAUCAGGCAACGGGUUUGUUCUGCAUCUAGUAUAAAGUAAGAGAGCACGGGUUCACACAUACUACACACAUGCAGCAUGCUCAGGAUGACACAGACAAGUACAGUAUUGAGCCUUUUCUUCUUGUUUCUUCACACCACUUUUGGGGAAAGUGGUUGCACCUCAGCAGAUGGUGAUGGGACUUUUGGAGAUGAUGAACCAGACAAUUUUGACAUCAACUGCUUCAGCCAGCUGGAAUUUAAGGGUUCAUAUAGCAGUCUGACCUGCAAUUUUACAGAGCUGUCUCCUCACAACACUAACUAUACGCUGUCCCUGUGUACCAAGGAAGACAGCAAUAAUGUGUGCUUCAAUAUGGAGAAACAGGAAGAUGCUUAUUUCUUACAAUUCGUUGAUAUACUUUCUAAGAAAGCCAUUUGCAUGGACUCUGAGACAAAGAGAAGAGUCUGCAGGAGCCUAGUUGUAACUGACAUCGUUAAGCCUGAAGUACCAUUCAAUAUAAACAUCACAUAUCAAAAGGAGGCAAAUGAAUAUCUUAUUCAUUAUAGUACACCACACUCACUGAAGAAAUACUUACAAGACAAGUUAAUACACCAAAUAGCCUAUCGGCAGGAAGAAGGCACUUGGAAGACAAUAGAGUCGCCAUUUCUUCAGGUAAAAUUACUUGGAAAAAAACUUGGAAAUGAUGCAUCAUAUGAGGUGAAAGUACGUUCCCAGCCCAAUGGAGAUUUUUUUAAGGGCACGUGGAGUCAAUGGAGUGCUUCCAAGACCUUCAGGACUGCAAGGGAGCAGGAUUCCACGGAGAGCUAUAGCAACGUGGUCUUGGUUAUAUUCUCUGUCUUGGGAUUCAUGCUAUCCAUUGUCAUGAUUGUGCUGAUUGGAACAUUUUGGGAAAACAGGAUAAAGCCUGCUGUGUGGCCAAACCUCUCUGAUCAUAAAAAAACGGUAGAGCAGCUGUGCAAGAAGCCAAAAAAUAAUUUUGAUAUAAGCUUUAACCCAGAGAGUUUUGGUUACGUUCAUAUCCAUAAAGUGGAUGGCAUUCGAGCAAAAGCUGAACUGGAAAAUUUUCUGCAGUUGUCAACUGCUCCAGAGAAAAAUCUCCCAGAAAAAUUUAAAAAUGAAUCAGACCUGAAGAUGAUCCCUGUGAUGGCAGACAAAAGCAACACAGACCUGUCUGUGACUUACGGAGGAAUCUGGCCAGCAGAAGCCCUGCACAAACUCGUGGGAACUAGCCAGUUUCCAGUCAUUGAAGCAAACUGCAGCUCCAGUACGUAUGAGGUGUGCCAUAGCAACGUGGUGCCCCUGUGUGAUGAUGGUUUCAACCUUUCGUCUGCUCCUCCCCUGGAUCCCUCUAGUCAGCCUGGACCAGAGGACUUAAACAGGGACAUGGUAUCCCAAAUGCUGCCCACCAGUGAAAUGAGGUCACCAAACAAUGAGGAAGCCUAUGUCACAAUGUCUAGCUUCUACAAAAUUCAGUAAACAUUACAGGAAUGACAAAUUACAUUUUUUUUCUCUAAAACAAUCAGGACACUGAAAAGUUCAUUCUGGUUUGUUUUCCUGUGCCCUGUGAGUUUCCGCCUUCAAGAUACACUCUACUCGCAGCACAGUGCUAUACCUGCAAGAAAGUGAGUUCUCCCAUAUUUCAGUGGUGGUGGCCUAACCUCAGCUCUCAGUAUGCUGGUAGCAGUCUCCAGAAGAAAUUAAAAGUGAUUCAACCUGACUUUAAUCUUCAUAUCUGAUUAACCCAGAGCAAUGACACUGCAGUCCUAGCUGAGGAUCACAGCAUGUCUUGUGAAAGUUAAAGUGUCCUCUUAACCUCUUCAUUGCAGAGUUAAGAUCUUGUUAAUGCCUAAACAAGAAAUACAGCAGCAAAUUUAAGUUAAAGAGAAUCAAAUCUCUUUUAAACAGCAGUAGGUCAAGAGAAACUCCUCUGCAGUCAGUGGAAGUCCACAAAUUUGCAAAAUAGCGGUAAAUGAGAGUUUCUAUUAAGCAUUAAUUGUCUGGAACUCAAGAGCUUGGUCACAGCAAAGACAGUUUGCUGAGCCACCAGGAAAAAGGGCACAUGGACUCACUUUAGGAAGAUGUUUUCUCAGACUGAUUUUUUUUUUUUCUUUAUAAGAGAGCAAAACCAAGCAAAACCCUACAUGCCGCCAAGUUUUGCUGUUGGUAAAGAUCUGCCCUGGAGCCAGUUUUAGGAUCCACAGGUACUUCUGCUAGGGCUAUAUAUUAAAGAUCUUCAGUAUUCCAUGUACUAGCAAUGUUUAGGUAAGAAAAGAAAAAAACAGUGAAAAGCGAAGUCUUAUUUCUUCCUAUAAACUGAAUUGGGGAUAUAAAAUGCAUAAUGCUGCCUCUCUCUGCAGCUCAUGUGCAAGCAUUAGUGCAGCAUGUAAGCGCUUUCCCAGACAGAAGGGCUGAGCGGACCAUGUUCAUUUACUAGCAUUAUUCCAAAUGGCUGUGGCUGCAUGAAGGUACUUUGAAUUUGGUCACGCAAUGUUCUUAUGUGACACCUGACUCAGGAAGAUUUCCAUUCCUCUGGACUUUGUGCCCAACUCUAAGGGAUUGUGCAUGUGCUUCCUACCAGGGAUGGCUGACCCACUUCACAGUCCCUCUGGGAUGCUGUGCGUUGCAGAGAACACGCUCAAAGAUAAAGCUGCUACAGCCACUUGGUUGCUUCACAGUCAGAGCAGCGUGGCCAUGGGAAGUCCAAGCUGCUUCAUUGCAUUCUGGGAUUGGGGUUUACCUCAUUGUAUAGUCUCAGUUCCUCUAGCUACUUGAAACUCUCCUUUACUGAAAUUUUUUCACAUUCCCAGUGCCUAAAGGUUUGAAGUCCUUCCUCAUCCUCAGAGACACUCAAAUUUUGUUCUGUCACUGGGAUGUUGCUAUGUUUGAUGUAGCCUGCUGGAGAAGAAUAGCAGUCCCAAGACAACACUCCACCUUCUCCACCUCCACCCAG